AUGACUCUUCUAUAGUAUCCAAAAUCCAUCCAUUCUAUCCUACACUACUAGUUGUGUCAGCCAAGUCGAUUGGGGCCUAACUCAGUCGAGCUUUUCCAUUCGUCGGAUGUGUACGCGUUCCGUUGGAUACCUACACAGUAAAAAUAAAGACCGGAUAGUCUUCUUAUUAUAGUCAAGUCAAAUCUCUCUUCUCAAGUCAAAGUUAGUUCUUGAAUUUCUUAUAGAUACGAACGAUAUACGAGUUUAUAAGAAUCUAUCUUUUUUUUUUUGUAAAAAGAUACUUUUUGUAUCUCAUAAAUACUCGUAGUUUGGAGCCAUAUAGAAUAUUACAAAGAAUUUUCAACGGUAUCCAAUUACAAAUAUAUGCAAGUGUGAUUUGAUAGAUAUUGUAUCUUUUUAUUAAAUCUUAAAUAAAUAAAAAGUAUAUUAUUGUGCUCUUGAAGAUUUAUAAAUCUUUUUUUCUUCAUCUUAAAAAAAAAAAAAAAAUAAAAAAAUUGUGUGAGCGGAAAACAUCUCACUUGAUAUAAACCGGUUAAAAAAUAAAACAACAACAACAAAUAAAAUAAAAAUAAAAUUAAUUGAUCAAGUCGAGCUUGAGUUAAGUUUGAGUCCAGUGAGUCGUGCCUCUGCUCUCGUUCAAGGAGAAAGAAAUUAUACUUACUUACUUUUUUUUUGUUUUUGUAUUUUUGCUCUUCCAUUCCAACUAACUAACCAUCCAUUCAUCCGUAUUAAAUCGUGUUGGUGGCUCUGCUGGCCUUCCUUGCAAUAUCUCGAUUUUCUGUGACUGUGACGAGAGAGAAUUAAAAAAAAAAAAAAAAUUUAUAAAAAAAAAAAAUUUUUAUAAAAAAAAAUUUUUUUUUUGUUAAAUUAAAUAAAUAAUAAAUAAACAAAAAUUAAUUUUGUGUGUGUUUUCUUCUUCUGUAUUAUUCAACGUUGAUUCGCAUAGUCUCGAAUAACGUAUGAAGUGUGGAGAUGAGAUAAAAAAAAAUUAGCACUCAAAUUCAACUCAGUGAAAAAGCAAAAAAAAAAAAAGAUACAAAAAUUCGAAAUAAAAAUAAAAGAAGAAAAAAAAAAAAGUUAACGGAAAGUCCGAAGAUCGAGAGAAAGAACGAAUCGAAAUAAAAAGAUACAAAAAAAAAAAAAAAAAAAAAAUAAAUAAGAUUGUCAAAAUCGGUCACCUAAAUUUUUUUUGGUUUUGGCCCCAAAUUAUUAUCACCGUUAAAGACAUAAAUAAAUCGUCAGAAAAGAGCUAUCGUUUUUCCAAACCAUUGACGACGAGUGUGCCCUGACCAUUAUACUUUUUUUUCUUGAAGAUUGCGCUUCUUCCAGGUGUUGGCUGUUGUUGAACUAAUUUAAUAAAAGAUACCAAAACAACUCAAUCGAAUGCAAUUAAACGCUGCAUCAACGACUGAAUCUUCUCCCCAAUCAGCAAUUUCCUCCUGUCCCGCCACCUCGGCCUCAACUUCUUCUGCCGCUCCAUCCUCUAGCCAUCAUUUCGAAUUACUUCGUUACUCUUCAUCCCCGUCCUCAUCAUCACUUGCAUCCACUUCACAACACCACCAACAAUUAUCAUCAUCAUCAUCAUCGACACCACCGCCACGCCAACCAGCUGUCAGCCAAUGAAAAAUACAUUUGAUUAAUGUUAACUUCGCGCGAAUCAAAGUGUUUUCAUUAUUUCAGAAAGAAGCGAUGGCCGCUACAGAUGGCCAAAUAAUAUUGGCAGCAUCCCGUUUCGGCGAUACAAUACCGGUCUACCUGCGCGAUUUUUCCAAACAGCAAUUACCAGCUGUAGCGAAAAUUGUCAAAGGUCAACAUCAGAAUUUAGGUGUACCAACUUUAUCAAACCCUUCAUUGCAAAGUACUGCCUUAUUUCUGAGUGCUGGCAAAAAGUACCAAAUUCUAGCACAACCGAUCAAGAUCAAAGAAGGCCGCAAACCGACAAAUGUCGGUGCUAAGGUGCUAAUACCCGAAACCUAUCCGGGUUAUUUUGAGUUGCUUAGUGAAGAUGGUCGAUCGACACGUUGCAUUGAUUCGGUAUUGGAAUUGUCGAAACGGCGUAAUUUGCGUGUUCUAGUUCGUGAGACUUUUCGAUGUACGCAAAUGAAUAAGACUAUUCAUGCGGGGGAAUUGUUGACAACUAUGAACGAGCAUGGCAAAUAUUUGCAGUGUCGAACGAUUAAGGACGAAAUCGUCAAUUUACCACUCGAAACCAAAGCUAAGUUUUCACCAAUUGCCAAGGAGGAUAGCAUUAGUGGGGUGCAUUCGGUGAAAAAUCUUUUACUCAAACGUAUGCCAGUUAUUGUUAGAUUAGUCCAUGGAAGUGCCCCGAAAGGCUUGAAGCAACCCUUUGUCCCUGAGCUGCGCCUGCUUGGCUGUGUGGAAAUUGAUCGAGUUUUUGCACUACCCCUGCAAAAGGACACCGACUUAGUGCCAGUACCGUUGAAUGCUAAAAUCAAGCUUCAGCGUUCGAAGAAUAUGGAACAGCUUGAGCAUUUCAUCGAAUACUCUCGAUUUUUGGACAAGGCACAGCGGCUGCUUUCCGAUGCUCGUGAUCGUUUACAAAUCGUCGAUAUGAAGCUUUCAGAGAAGGAGAAGAAAGACUCAAAAUUCAGCAGUCGAAAUAAGCUGCCAACGGUCUUGACAGCAUCCUCAGCGGGAGUUCUUGAAAACGGCUAUGUGUUGCGGAAGAGUGCCAGUCUUGAUUCGUACAGCAAGCAACAAAUGCAAUCGGCUACUCAAAUCGCUGAUGAAUACAACGAGAUCGAUCAUAUUUACGAUUAUGUUCGAGGGCUGACACCUUUGUCAAAGGGUUUGACCAGAUUCGAACCUAUCUGCGAAUCACCGACGCUAAAAUCUCAGGCAACAACUGACAGUGGCAAUUAUUGCAGUCUGAUACGUGUCAGCAGCACUAGUAACAGCCACAGUAACAACAACAACAUUAGCUCGAAUAAUAACAACAACAAUUAUAGCAGUUUAGAGUCGAAUAAACACAAUAGUAGUCAUCACAGUAGCAGUAAUCAUCACCAUAAUAAUCAUAAUCACCAUUCGAGUAGUAUCAACACUAACAACAAUAAUCACCAUCAUCAUCAUCAUUCAUCAACAUCUCAUCAACAACAACAUAAUCACAACAGCAACAGUAGUAAUAGUAACAGCAACAACAAUAAUAAUAAUCACAACCAGUCACAACAACAACAACAACACCCGCAACAAUCGCAAAUAAUCCAUCUACAAGCUCAUUAUAAUCACAGCCAUAUUCAGGAGGACAUUAAGCCCGUGCCACCGCCAAUUGAAACAAUUCCUGGCAAAAAGUUGCCAGAGAAACGACAACGGCCAACACUACCAAAGCUCUAUGUGAAAAAUAAUUCGUCGAGCAGUAGUCAUCAUUCUAAGGUUUUAAGUAAUUCACCAAAUUUAGUAAACGGUAAUUCACCAAUUAGCGCUGCCAUUAAUGGAAAUAAGGAUUGCGGUCUGGAGCCGCAGAGUCCAUUAUUUCACAUAAGAUAUAAAAGUCUUAGCAGUUUACAAUUAACUCCAGAUAGUAAUUCAACAACUCCGAUCUCAACAACUCCCAAAGGAAACCAACAACAAUCACAACUUCAGACAACAACAACAGCUCAGCUACAAUUACCAUUACAACAACAAGAUAUUAUUAAAAGUAGUAACAACAAUAUAAACAACAACAACAACAACAACAAUACCAACAACAACAAUCAGCUAUUAUUAUCAAAAAGUGCAAGUAGUACGGGUGGUGCUCGAGAAGGUACCUUAGAUUCGUCACGCAGUGGCGGACGAACUUCUGGCGAUUCCAAAUUACCCGAAAAAAAGACAAGACGUCUGUCGCGACCGCGCAGUCUAUCGAAUUUAGUUUGGGACUUGAGGCCAUCCAAAGAGAAGUCGAAAAAGAAAUUAUACAUUCAUCAUUUCGAUCAUCGCCAACAGGCGACAUUGUAUCUGUAGUAGGAUUAAUAAAAAAAAAAAACAUAGUUUUUUUUCUUCUUUUUUUUAAGCUUCCUUUUUCAUCGCUUUUGAAAACGACACAUAAAUAAAACGAUGACUGAACUCCAAGAAAAUGCAACUAAAAAAAAAAAAAAACUAGAGAAAAAAAAUCACCAUCCCACUUAAUCCCGAAAAAAUAUAAUCAA